CCUGCUUUGUGCCGGUAGCAAUCUCAUCUCCUCCGAUUUCUAGAACAUUCCACCAUGAUUUCCAAACCAUUCGAUUGAUGGGGUCAUAAAUUUUCUCCGUUGUCCUUUCAUUUUCUCGAGAAACAAACAGUUCCACUCUCCAUUCAAUCGAACUGCCCAUGGCUGCUUUAGCAAGCUCUGUCCUUCAGUCUCCACUCCAGAUCCGUCCUUCCGAUUCUUCUUUUGGGUCCCUUUUUCCAUCCAGAAUAUAUCGGAUUGCACCCAGUUUCAACCUCAAGUGUUCCCCCCACCGGCCUCUGCUUUCCGGCGACGGCGGACCCAGAAGGAAUUUCUCUUUGAAAUCAGCUUCAACCAGUGUUUACGCGGACCCUUCGUCCGCCUCUCCCUCUCUUGAUGACGAAUACAAGGCUAACUCUGAGCUCCUUGCAUCCUUGAAGGUCAAGCUACUGAGCGUGGUUUCAGGGUUAAAUAGAGGUCUUGCUGCAAACGAGGAUGAUUUACAGAAGGCAGACGAGGCUGCCAAAGAGAUUGAAGCUGUUGGAGGCCCUGUGGACCUCUCAGUCGAUCUUGACAAAUUGCAAGGGAGAUGGAAACUGAUAUACAGCAGUGCAUUCUCAUCUCGUACUUUAGGCGGAAGUCGACCGGGUCCUCCCACAGGAAGGCUACUUCCUAUUACUCUUGGUCAGGUGUUUCAGCGGAUUGACAUCAUCAGCAAAGAUUUCGAUAACAUUGUAGAACUUGAAUUAGGUGCUCCUUGGCCUCUACCUCCUGCUGAAGUCACUGCUACAUUGGCUCACAAGUUUGAAAUCGUAGGGUCUGCUAAGAUUAAGAUUACUUUCGAGAAAACAACCGUGAAGGCAACUGGGAACUUGUCACAGCUUCCACCAUUAGAGGUACCUCGGCUUCCAGAUGCGUUAAGGCCUCCGUCUAACACCGGAAGUGGUGACUUUGAAGUCACUUACCUUGACAACGAUACCCGGAUCACCAGAGGAGAUAGAGGAGAACUCAGGGUGUUUGUUAUCUCAUAAUAAUAUCAUCACAGGCACGAGGAGAUUUUGUUUGCUGUAUCCUCAAGUUCAAACAUCUUCUCCAUGGAGUCGAAGUUCUACCAUCCACCCAACCAUUGUUUAUAAUUAUUAGUUUUGUUAUCGACUCUCGAUUCCAAACUUAUACUUAGAGAUCAACUGCUGUAGCCAUAGUUAAAAGGAAAAGCACAAAGACUUCGGAUUUCUACAUUGUUCACUGUAAGUAGUAUCAUUGUCUUGAUCAGUGUAUUGAUCAAUCAGCUUACAAAUGUAAAAUGGUUGACUUUUUGCCCAUCUUAUCUGCCUCGAUCAUGGCGUGUCGAAUAAGAGUCUUUUAGGUUCUAAGAUAUGAAGUUAUAAAGCUGCAGGAUCUUGUGAGUUUUGACAGCUUAAAAUGCUUUUUUGGGCAUCGAAAGCUUCUAUGUCAUUCUCAUUAGCAUACAUGGAUAGAACAAUGGUCAAGGGAGAAAGAGACUAUUUUAGAUGGAAAGAGACUUGUAUUACUUGAGAGAUGAAAUGUUUCAGAUGCUGCACAAGUAUGCAACAAAUUUGACAAUGUAACAAUGAGCUCUAUCUAAGUGGCUGUUAUUGUGACUA